AUGUUUUGGUUAGCCACGCUUAUUUACAUUAGAUGCGCAGUGACUGGCAUCGUCCUCGACCUUACGUCAGACAUUCUACCUGAGGGAGUUGAGACCUUUUAUGGAACCUUCCCAAACGGCGGAGUAUACAGAUUUAUACGUGGUAUAGAGGCGCUGAUUACCGAAAUAAACUACGGCGGUGAGCACAUCGAUUAUACGGCAUUAUACGCAAGCUCCGUAGUGUAUGCUCAUGUGGAGGAUUUUUGUCGUGGCCGUAAUCGCUACAUUAGAUUGCAUUUAGGAAGGUCCUCGGAGAAAGGUGUGUCGUUUCGCUAUCGUACGGUACAGCAUUGCAUGAAUAAAGCGUUUCUCAAAAAUACGAGGGAUUUGAUAAAAUUCAUCGCAGGUCCGAUUUCAUUAACACUCGAUAUCACACUGGAAAAGCUACAUCCCUUGGUAGGUACACGUAAAGAAGCACACCCAUAUGACGCAAGAUACUUUGAAAUAUAUGAUCGAUUCAAACUAGAUUGCGGAUGUACUGUAAAAAUGGAAAUAGUGAACUACCAAAUUGGCGAGAUUGUGAUAUCUCAAAUUGAGGGCAUCGCGCUUGGAUAUACAGCAGUAUUUCGUAUGCCAUGUCGUAAGAUUACGACAGUAAACAAAAGCCCACAUCAUUGCAUAAACGUGGAUGAUCAGAUAGAAAUGAUCUUGGACAUAUCACAUAUACGCAAAAUAAAUGGCCUAAAGGGGAACAUAUCAUGGAACCCAACUUGUUCUGCGUCGCGUAACGGAGCACCCAGCGGCAGGUUGGAAUCCGAAGUGGUAUCCAAGAUGUCAUCGCUACCAAGUUUCACGAUAGAAGGAAACAACGCUACGGCAGCAAGUGCAUCACAAGUAUAUACACGCUCUAUAUAUCUCUUUGUCCCAUCGCAAUUGGAGUAUGCGCCCCUUAUUGAGCAAUUCGCGAUGUACGACCCGUCGAGAAAGAUCGUGACGUACGACAUGGAUUUCCUGGUGAGGCAUUAUGAACCACAGAGCGCGGGAAACUCGCGUACAACCAUUCAUAUGACCGCAGCUCACGCAGUCGUACGGUCAGACAGCUCUUCCAUCCUACUGUGCGCUGCUAGUCAGGACCCGCCAAGCUAUUCGCAAGCUCAAGUUCCACCCACCGAGUUUACGUUAACUGAUGCCUACGGUGCAAAUGAACCAUUCGAUCUAGAGAAUUUCAUCAUACAACUGAUGCCGCCAGGACUGGAAACAAUCGCUGAUCUGCUAGAUGCAUCGGACAUUCAUAUUGAUGAUGACGAGGAUGAUGUGUCGUCAGGCGAGUUCCGGUCGUUGAUUAGCGACCUCACCCCUACGUUUGACCAACUUGCACUGCCGGUUGACCAUACGUUUGCGGAAAUGGAGGGUAACGCGUUCCGGGGCUGA